AUGGUACGACGAUCAAGAGAGCCUAAAAAAUGCGCUUCCCCGGUUCCCGACGAUCCGUUCAGCCCGACCGCAUCCGGAUUCAAACGUGCAAAGGAUGGGAAUCCUGUACCGUUGUCAUUCGAAAGGAGAUUUUCCAACUGCCCAGCGUCGCCGUCCAUGCUUCCAGGUGUUGAGGCGCUUCCAAAAGAAGUCAGUCAGGCGUUGAGGGACAGCCUUGUUCCCGGCGAAUACUAUGCGAAAUCGCUGACACAAUAUCUUGGUCCAUUUUACAAUAUGCCAACCAAGGAACAACUUCCUAGCGGUGAUACUUAUUUUAUUUUGCAGAGUAUGGGUCGGCAUAGAGAGACGGGGAAACGCAUAUUCCGAAAUCUCGGACAGCUUACUGUAUAA